UUGCCAUGUGACCACGCUCCAUCGCCCUACCGUUUCCCUUUUCGCAGUGUCACAGAGGUAACAGGGAAAAUACAUUUUCUUUUCAAACCGCCCGCACACAACAACCCCAGUGGCUCUUAAAUUAAAACCCGGGGUGCACCAAGACAGGUUUUAUUAUGUGCUUGUCUUUUUAUUAUUCUUCAAAGUGAGACAAAUAUCAAGUCACCGGCAGGCCUCAGUGGACGGUGUAAGCAUCAGUUGUCACCCCACGGUCGUGUGGUUGCACGACAGCAAGGAGAGCGUUAUGAACCGGCCCACUGAUAGCUUCUCCGGCUAAUCGCUCCGGAAGGAUAUGACGGUUCGCUGAUUCUGGGUUUAACGAAGAAUAGUGUUGACGAUGAAUUAAGUAUUUUGGAUGUCAAUAUUGAAGCUGACCUCAGAAUGAACGGCACCCAGCAGAGUGACACCAAGAGACAACACCACCUGGAGAGGUUGCUGGAUGCUGUUAAACAGUGCCAAAUCCGCUUCGGGGGCAGAAAAGAGAUCGCUUCGGACUCAGACAGCCGGGUGAUCUGUCUGUGUGCCCAGUUUGAGACGGUGUUUCAGCAUGGCCUGAGGAAGACCAGCGGGCUGGCGCUCACGGCCGCGGCACUCAAACAGGCGGCUGGGUUCGCCAACAAGACAGAAACGGAGCUGACCUUCUGGUUCUAUGUGAAGGAGCACCUGAACCGCCAUGAGCUGCAGCGGUUCUACGCUCUGCGCCACAUCUCGUCGGAGCUGGGUCGUGGCCGGGCCUGGCUGCGCUGCGCCCUCAACGAACACUCGCUGGAGCGCUACCUGCACACGCUGCUCGCCGACCGCCGCCGCCUCGGAACAUUCUAUGAAGACUGGGCCUUCGUCCUAGAUGAAGAGCGGGCCAGCAUGCUCCCAACCAUGGCAGCCGGCCUCAACUCCAUCCUGUUUGCCAUCAACAUCGACAACAGCGACCUGAACGGUGGCGGGACGGCGGCCACGCGGGGGCCGGGCGGCGGCCCCGCCUCCUCGGUGUCCCACCUCCUCAAGGAGUCCACGCAGGGCAUCGGCAGCCUGUGGAAGGAGUCCACCCAGGGCGUGAGCAGCCUGCUGCGGGAGAUCGGCACCGUCACCACCAGCGCCGCCGCCGGCGUGGUGCCCGGGUUCACGCUGCGGGCCGACGCCUCGGACCCGCUGCCCGUGGUGCCGCGCAGCGCCUCCGCCGACUCGGGCCUGCGGCGGGAGCGCCGUCGGAGGAAGAAGGUCACCAACAUCAUCUCCUUCGACGACGACCUGGACGGGGACGGGGCGGGGGACGAAGAGGAGGGUGGGGGCGAGGAUGAGGAGGACCGCCCCCGCCGGCCCCCCGCCAUGAGGAAGAGCCACACGGCGCCCGCGGCGGCCACCGGCGCCCCCGUCACCCAGGCCAGCGUGGAGGAGGAGGUGGAGGAGGAGGCGGAGGAGGAGGCGGGGGAGGGGCUGGGGGAGGAGAGGGCGGACCCCGUGCUGGAGCCCGCCUUCUCCCUGGCCUUCCCGCCUCUGCAGAACGGGCUGGGGGAGCCGCAGGAGGCGCUCAGCUGGGUGGGCUCCCCGAGGGCCCUGCGUUCCCCCCCCUCGGCCGCCCCGCCCCCGAGCCCUCCCCCGGUGGCCCCCCCGCCCCAACUGCCGGACAGGAAGAGCAUCGACAACGACGAGGAGGAGGAGGAGGAGGAGGAUGAAGAGGAUGUUUACAAACCAAGAGCGCCCACCCAGGGAGAGGUGCCGGCGGCCUCCGAUCGGGUGGUGGUGGGAAGUCUGUCCAGUGUCUCAACGUGGAGCCCCCUGCAGGUGAUGACUGAGCACUGCAGCUCAGACAUCCUUAUCCCAGUGACCCUAGCAGACCGACAGCCAGUGAACUCUAUGGAGGAUGCCAUGGCUUACCCUGGCCGCCGCGACUCCACAGAACCCGAAGGCCCCUGUGAGAGAAGCAGGACCCAGCUCCAGUUCACGAUGGAGUCUAGUCCACCUACCCAGGCCGCUCCCCUCUCCACCAUACUGCCAACCCCUGGACUUCCUGAAACCAUGACCCUGGUGGAGCUCCGCCAGGCCAUCGUAGCCCUGAUGAACAGGAAGGAUGAACUGGAUGAACUCAACACGUCUCUGCGCAGCCUGCUGGACGGGGAGAUGGAGCACUCGGCGGUGCAGAGGCAGGAGACGGACUCCCUGCAGAGGAAGCUGACGGAGCUGGAGGAGCGGCACGCGGCCAGGGUGCAGGCGCUCGGCAGAGAGAACGAGGUCCUCAAGGUGCAGUUGAAGAAGUACGUGGGUGCGGUUCAGAUGCUGAAGAGAGAGGGGAGCCAAGCCAACGACGCCCUGCCGAUCCUGGGGUCCAGUGAGGUCCAGGCUCCCGCCCCUCAGACCAAGUCCAUGGAGGACAUUGAGGAGCUAGCGGCGAGCUACGAGCGGAAACUCAUCGAGGUGGCGGAGAUGCACGGGGAGCUGAUAGAAUUUAAUGAGCGUCUCUACCGCUCCCUCAUGGCCAAGGACCACCUCAUCAUCCACAUGAGACAGGAGCUCAUCGACCUCAGAGGACCCGUUCCUGGUGAUUUGAGUCAGACCUCGGAUGACCCGAGCCUCUCAGACUUUGAGACGUCUCACCGGGCCCUCAUCAACGUUUGGAUCCCCUCCGUGUUCCUGCAGGGCCGAUCCGCCAACGCCUACCACGUCUACCAGGUGUACAUCCGUAUCCAUGACAACGAAUGGAACGUGUACCGGCGCUACACAGAGUUCCGGGAGCUGCACAACCACCUGCGGAACAAGUUCCCCCAGGUGGACACUUUCAGCUUCCCCCCCAAGAAAGCCCUGGGGAACAAGGAUGCCAAGUUCGUGGAGGAGCGGAGGAAGCAGCUGCAGGGCUACCUGCGCACGGUGAUGAACAAGCUGAUCCAGACCCUGCCUGAGUUCACCACCCGGCCCACAAAGGAGACCCUGCUGUCCCUGCUGCCCUUCUGUCUGGACACGCCCCAGACCACAGACGGUGGGGCCAAGACGGUGCGCUCCAAACCCUCAUCGCGCUUCCCCAGACUGGGCCGCAGUCGCAACCAGGACGCCCGUCCGGAGCCCCAGAGCGGCGACCUCUAACCCCCGGAACACAGAACCAAACCAAUGAAAACCAGACCUGUUCUAUUUGACUGGAUUGGCACCCGAUUGGCCGAGAUCCAGGAACUCCCUAUUUUUUGGUCUUGGGUGUCAGAGGAUGGUGUUGCUGUGGUAAAACCUGGACCGUUUUUGGAGGUAAACGUUAGGGAUUUUUAUCGCUGGGGAUAACUGGAGUCUGAUGAUCAACGGUCAUUCAAGAUGGAUGACAUUGAGGUUGAAGGUCACAGCACAAGGGCGACCGGAGUAGUUGUAGGUCAUCAUGGGAAGAAUAUCUAGAGAACUGUUCCCUUGGGCUGCUCACCGGCGCUCCAGUAGCACUGAGACCUGUUCUCACCUCAGUGAGAGGCCAGAGGACAGAGACAGAGACUGCCCUGGCUGUACACUGACUUCUCUGAGGUUGGACUGAAUUUUUUACAACGAUUAUUAGAUGUCAGUGCCGCUUUCUUUUUUGUUUUGUAGUACAGCUGUACCACGGGGUGACGGUGCCUACAGUGUCUGUAGACAGCGAGUGUGGAUAUCUUGUGUGGAUGACUGAAGGGGGAACCAGGUGGGAACCAGUUGAUGGACGGUCAACAGGUGCUCCUCAAGAGAAAUCUUCUUUUAGUAAAUGUGUUUGUUUGUUUGCUUUGUGUUUGUCCAAAUAGGAUCAUUAAGGUGCCAUUAGGUUUUCAUCAGCCAACCACUAGCGUCCUUGUAAACGUAAAGGCUUCAGACAGUUGGGCAGGUCUCAAGUCCAUUGUAUUUUCCAAAAAGUUGAACCUGGUUUAUUUUGCUAUACUGCACACCCCUAACAACCCAACCUCCACUACCAAACUAAACACACACAGAUCAACAUAUGUUAGAGGUCAUCUACAGAUGUAAGAGUUCAUCUACAAAUGUUAGAGUUCAUUAACGGAUGUUAGAGUUCAUCUACAGAUGUUAGAGUUCAUCUACAGAUGUUAAUUCAUCUACAGAUGUUAGGGUUCAUCUACAGAUGUUAAAGUUCAUCUACAGAUGUUAGUUCAUCUACAGAUGUUAGAGUUCAUCAACAGAUGUUAGAGUUCAUCUACAGAUGUUAGUUCAUCUGCAGAUGUUAGAGUUCAUCAACAGAUGUUAGUUUGUCUCCAGAUCGUAGUUCAUCUACAGAUGUUACAGUUCAUCUACAUAUGUUGUAGUUCAUCUACAUAUGUUGUAGUUCAUCUACAGAUGUUAGUUCAUCUACAGAUGAUAGAGUUCAUCAACAGAGGUUAGAGUUCGUCUACAGAUGUUAGUUCAUCUACAGAUGUUGGUUCAUCUACAGAUGUGAAAGUUCAUCUACAGAUGUGAAAGUUCAUCUACAGAUGUUGAAGUUCAUCUACAGAUGUUAAUCUACAGAUGUUAAUCUACAGAUGUUUCGAGGUAAUCUGCCCCUGGCCAAGAACAACACAGCAUUUCUAAAAGGCUUAACUAAAAACUGUUGUUGGGAUGUUUGUGAGCGGGACGAUGUGGUGUUACGGCCUAACGAACCACUCGACACUUGAAGGAAGCCGGGGUUGCUUGUUAGGGAUCAUGAUGAGGUUAAUGGUGCAUCGGGUAUUCUUCUGAGACAGAAGCUCAUGCAUAUUGAUGCCUCCGUCAAGUCGUAGUAGUUUGGGGAAUGUGUUAAAACCAAACAGGGAUGUCUUUGUGCGAGGAGGAGUGCCUUUUGAAAAAGCUUUUUAUUUUAUUGUGUUUUUGAUGGGGGGGAUGCUGAGAAAAAAAUGGAAUGCCGUUGUUUUAUUCGCUGUGGUAAAGAGGAAGAGGUAAUUACACGUACGUUGUUUGUCGGGGCGUUGUUUUGGGUCAGCUCGCUUUGACAAAUGACAUUUAAAUAAUUCACAGAUCCAAGGCAGAUAUUCUACAUCGCACACAGUAUUUAUACACCCCCACGACAUCUCAUUGUGCCAUGUGCUGGACACACACUAUCAAAGCUAAUUACAAUGGCAGAGCAAACAGAGAAAUCAGGCGCAGACUUUUCAGAUGAGUCAUCAAAGUGUUGCAGAUUAAACGCAUUUGUGGAUUUUCUUCUUUCUUUUAUGAAUUAUGUAUUGUAAUGCAACGUUGAUGCCUCUAUUGUUAUGUUUUUUAUUAUUGUCCUUGUUGAUUGACUGCUUGUCCCUUAUUCAGAGGAUUUCUUGUAUAGAACUGAUAUUGGCACAUUUACAAAAAAAAGAGUAUAAUCACUUUUCAAUGAACUGUCGAUAUAACUUUAGGAUCGCUAGUAUGUCAGAACUUCUGUUUGUACCAAAAUGUAGCCUAUAUUAUAGCUAUUACAUUGACUAUUACAGUGAUAUUAGGUGCAGAAAAUGCCAAGAACAUCUAGAUAAGGUGAACACAACCUGCCUCCUGCUAUUUUUAGCGUUAGCAUUCAAGCUAGUUCUUCUUCGGCUAUGGACAUUGAACAAAAUGGUGUCCGUAGCGUAGACUGCUGGGAGUGGGACGAUACGCUUGGAAAUGCUGGGGAAAUAUCCAUACAUAUUAGCGCUGCCACGAAUCUAAAGACCUUUUUUAUAUUUCAAAUCACUCGUACGACCAAGACGGGAAGACGCCAUGUGGACCACGCUAUGGCUCUCCCAUCUGGGAACGUUUUUUCGCUUCAUAUACGUAUCACAAACUCGCCUCAAACACAGCCUAAUGUCCCGGUUUCACUCAAUCCUCUCCAGGAAACGAAGGCUCACCUGGAGAGGCAGAGGAAGAGACUUCAUGCAUUGAGAUGUAGCCAAUGUGUUCACCUUGCAUUACUGUGCUCGUGUACUCCAGUGACUCCCCUAUCAUGACGGUUGCCUUCACAGUGUUGAGUGUUUGAACAAUAAAGAUGUACAGUCCCUUAUACAACAAAGGGCUCCU